AUGGGAAAUGAACAAAGUGCUUCUUUGUCUACUUCUGGCCCAUCAUCAUCUUCUAACCCUCCAAACCAGCAAUCAUCAUUCUCUUUUUUAACUCGAUCCAGUACAAAACGAUCCAAAGGCAUUGUCACAGUUAAAGACGGCAACAUUCCUCAAGAAAAGCUUGAAGAUGACGAAAUUUACAAACGAUUCUCCGAAAUCCCCCGCUUUUUACCAGUAAUCCCAGCAGUAAUUGGCAAACGAGAUCCGUCAUCAAAUCAAAGUGCUUCGUACACUCAUCAAAAAAUCAGCUCGCGACCAUUUUUCCGCCUAGCGAGUCGUCUUCAAGAACACUUCGCUUUAAAUGCGAAAGCUGUGGCAGCAGAUCAAUCCAAAAUUCCAGCUAUUUGCAAAAGUGUAGAAGCGAAAAUGAUAAAGCUUAUUGAAGAAACACAAUCACAUAAGGCUCAACACGAUGCUUUCAAAACAGCAUUGAAUGGUCUGAACCAACUACACGAUGAUAUUUCAAAAAUUCAGUGUCUGCUCGAAGACAUCGUGCCGAUGGUAGAGACACUGAACGAAAUUCUAGUCCCUGAAGAUCGUCUCCCUCCUCUAAAUCUUGGAUCAGUACUUGAUCGAUCUCCAGUACCGAGCAGUGACAGUUCAUUUCAAAGUACCCCUCGUCACAACCCGCAUCCAAUGCUUUCUGACCAAAUAGAGGCGAUUGAAGAAAUUCGUGUUGUUGAUGAACCCAAUCAAUAG